CUGGUCUCAUGGUAACGUGUGUAAACAGAGAGGUUGUGUGAUGAGGGCGAGAUGUUUAUCUGGGAACUGAAUGAUGAAGAAGCGGAAAGAACUGAAGUGAAUGUUAUGGAAAAACAGAGAUGGAUGUGUGAUGUUCCUCAGAGCGUAUCUUAUGAUCUUUACUGAGAUUUAUAGAGACUGUAAUCUCACUGUGAGAUUCAGAGCUGCAGCAUGGCUCAGGAGGAGUUCUGCUCUACUCUGGCCUUCACCAAAAGUCCUAAAACCUCCAAAAGAACCACUUUCCAGGAUGAGUUGGAGGCAGCAGUUUCUAAGAGAGCUGUCAGGAACAGAGCCUCAUAUCUGAACUUUAAUAUCUUUAAUGAUGAUGAUGAUGAUGAUGAUGAUGGUGAUGAUGAUGAUGUCCUGAAAGAGCUGCUGAAGACCAGGAGGAAUAAACGCGACCUGUUCAAAGCCUCAAGAACAAAAACCUCCAUCAAUGAUUUUAAACUGUCAGAUGAGGAGGAGGAGGAGAACAUCAAACCCAAAAAAGUCUCCUUCCUGAAGAGCCAGAGGAACGCUAACACUCUCAGAUCAGACACCCUCAGAUCGGACAGAUCUUUAUUUUCUCACCAAAGUGUGAAUGAAGUUCAGAGUCGAGACAGAAGUCAGCAGGACUCACACUCUGACUCACCUGCACCACAGAACAGCCAAUCAGAAUCCCCUACCUGCAGAAGGAGUCAAUCAGAAUCACCCUUACCUCUGUAUUCAGAGAACAGCCAAAGGGAGUCCAUCUCUGAGAGUGGGCUUGAGGCCACGCCCCCUACACCUGCACCACGGCAGAGAGCUCCUCCCACUGCUGUCAGUGGACGAGAUGAAAAUGAUGGACAAACACAAACCCCAUCCAGGAUAGCUGCUCCAUCUUCUGUGUCCAAACCCUGCACCUCCAUGUCCACCUUCACCUCUACGUCCACCUUCACGUCCACCUUCACGUCCCCCUCCAUGUCCUCUCAGACCGCAGAGGAUUCUGGGAUUGAUGGCAGACAGAACGAUGUGUCUGUGAUGGUGAACACACACUCCAGGUCACUAGAGGGCGCUGAAAGCUCAGAUUUCUCAGUCACAGAACAUGAGGAACAUCAGGAACAUCAGCUCACUUUUGAAGUCUCUCCUGGAACCUCCAGAUCUGCAGUGUCUCGACCAGGAAGCUCCAGGAAGUCCAGAAACACCCCAUCGUUCAAUGCCGAACCAAGAUAUCUGGGAACAUUAAAGGUUCUGGAGCAGAAGUUCCAGGAGACAGGACUGGAAAAUGCAGAUUCCCUCAGAGCCACAGUUUAUCAGGACUGGCGGAAGAAAAAAGAAGAGAAACUGCAGGAGACUUUCAGAGCUAAAAAACAAGAAGAGAAGUUGAAGGAGGAGAAAAAAACGGAGGAAGAGGCGAGUAAGAAAGCUGAAGCCAAAGCCUCUUAUGAAGCCUGGAAAGAAAAGAAGCGUGAAGCUUUAAAAGAGAAAAUCAGAGAAAAACAGGAGGCGGCGAGAAAAUUGCAGAAAGAGAUGGACGAGAAAAAGGAAAAAAAUGAAACAGCGAAACGGAUUUUUGAGAAAUGGAAACGAGAACACGAUGAGCUUCUUUGUAAGGAGCACCAAAAACGGGCACAGACCGAAUACAGACUGAAAGAGAAUAAGGUGAAGGAAAAAGAGCAGAGGAAACGAGAGAGCAGCUCUUCAUUCGCUCAGUGGAGCGCCAGGAAGAAGGAGGUGAUUGAGGAGAAGCUGAAGGCUGAACGCAGGCAGAAGGAAGUAAAAGAGAUCGAGGAGAAAUAUGAGAAGGAGGAAAGAGAAAAGUCUGCACUGGACAUGUAUGAGGAAUGGCUGAAAAGGAAAGAGUUUCAGCAGAAACAAGAACGAAGAGAAAAACAGAAGAAGGCAGAUGCGUUUCAGGAGGCUACGCCCCCAUGGAGCCCUCCGAACAGGACCAUACCAUUUGGCAAAUAAUGUUCACCGUAUCCCUGGGUCUACACACACUGGUCACUUUAUUAGGAACAAACAACAGCAGAAGAUCACAUCAGGUUCCUCACCCCUCAGCCAUAAACUGGAGCCUAAGGCUGCUACAGUACACAUACACACACACACACACACAAUGGAAAAACAUCUGCCGGUCCAGUUAAUGUUGAUUUUCCACAUUCUGAGGUGAGAUGUGAACCGAGGAACUCUGAGGAACUGAACACACCUUUACCUGUGUUUGUAUUCUUUCAUAAUUGUAUCAUUGCAUGCGUUCCUUAUAAAGUGGCCAGUGAGCGUCUCUCAGCAGGAACACUGAUGGAUGUGUGUGAUGGAGAAUCUGACAGUAAGAACAGAAGCGUGCGCUGCUCCAUGUCCGAUCUGAUUAUAAAUCUGAUUAAUGUCGGUGUGUUUCACUGUGAGUCUGAUAAGCGAUUCAGCUUUCAGCACAAAACACCAGCCAUUAUUCAGCUCCUGGACAGCGACGUUUCCGCCAUGUCUCCUUUCUGCUUCAUUCAUUUUAUCUCAUUUCAGUUCUGAAGUUGUUUAGAAGUUUAAUGUAAUUUCGUUAUUGUGUGUUCCAGCCCUGCUACACAAUACACACCUUAUUUAUUCAUCUGAAAUUAUUCACUUUAUAACAUUAAACAAAGAAAGUCAUGAACAGAUGUUUACAGAUGUGUUUUCCCAUUAAAAGUUAUAAAAACAAAUGUGGAACACUAAUGGGAUUAAAGAGCUUUUAUUUCCUGUUUAAA